AUGUCUGCUGCAGCCACCGCCACCAUCCUUGGCUCUCCCAGCUUGGCGUUGCCCGCCAAAGCCAGUAUCGACAUUUCGGCCCUCCUCCCUCCAGGCUUUCCUGCUCACCUCGAGAGUGGGCUGUCAUGGACUGGAUCCGACUUCAGCGAAUCGUCUGACCACAUUUUGGUUCUGACUGACACGCACCAUGCUGAGAUCAAGUCUGCUCUCGAGAACUUCAAACGAAAGUGCCUCGAUCAGGACGGAGACCUCGUGGAGCCAGCCAACUUCCCGCUCCCGACCCUUGGCCCGAAGCUCAAGGAGCUCAGCCGCGAUGUUCACGACGGUAGGGGCUUUUGCCUCGUCCGAGGCAUUGACCCUUCCUCCUACUGUGUCGAGGACUUGACGCUGGUCUACUUGGGCAUUCAGUCCUACAUAGCCGAACAGCGUGGCCGCCAGGACAAGCGUGGAAACAUGCUCGUCCAUAUCGUGGCGGAUAAUAGCACCCGGCAGGCCGCCGAGCAUCACCGCCACUCCACGAAAGCAAUUACCUUCCACAACGAGGAGUCCGGCGAUGUCAUCAGCUGGCUGACACGCAGCACUGCCGCGGCCGGCGGCAAGUGCAUCAUCGCUUCUGCGUACACUGUCUACAACGUUCUAGCGAGCACCCGGCCCGAUGUCAUCCGGACUCUGGCCCGGUCCGAUUGGCCUUUUGCCAUGCCGCGGUUCCAGUGCCGCCCAAUCAUCUUCUACCAGGAGGAGAGACUCAUCAUGAACUUCGGCCGCGCCGCCCUCCUGGGAAGCGAGGCUCACCCCCGAGCUCCAUACCUCCCUUCCCUGACGGCCCGCCAGGUAGAGGCAUUAGACGCCAUCGAGGCCAUUGCUCAAGCCACUCAAUUGGAGAUUCAGACGCAAGCAGGGGACAUGCAUUUCAUCAACAACCUGGCCAUACUGCACCGCCGGGAAGGGUUUGUCAACGGAGAGGCCCCGACCGAGAAACGUCACUUGGUCCGCAUGCGCCUCCGCAGCGCCGAGCAAGGGUGGUCUAUCCCGCCAGAGCUCAAGGCGGACUGGGACGACGCUUUCAAAGGCACCGCAGCCAAGCACUGGCACGUUGAACCGAUGCCCCUUUACUUCUUCCCAAUGCGACUGCAGCCCAACUGA